CUCUCCUUUUGUCAACAGAAAGAAACUGAAGGAUUCAUAGAAGUAGGUGGAGAGAGAAAGAUAGAAAGAGACAGAGAGAGAGAGAGAGACAGAGAAACAAGAAAGCAAAGGAAAGGAAAAGAAAAAAGAAGAAGAAAGUGAUACAGAUUUGUCACCAUUCACAAACAGUUCUGUUUGUUAUUCUUUUUUUCUUUUUUUUUCCAAAGAACCAAACUUUGAGGUAAGAGUUUUGUUUUGUUCUUUUUCUCUCUUAAAAUGUUUUUGCUCUCUUUUUGAGAGAGAGAGAGAGAGAAAUAAAAAAUGCAUAUUGGUGUAUUGGGUAUCUCUGAUUUUGGUUCUUGCAAUAGUCAAAGAUACAUAUACAGCUGGUUAUACAUACAUAUGUGAAAGAAAGAGAAAAGAUGGGCAUGUUUGGAUCUUUACUGGGUCAGUGUUCAUAAGCCAUGGUGGAUCAGCGAAACAUAGUAUCUUUUUGGUUACUAUUGUUGUUGUUUUUGUUGGUGUUGGAGUCUACAUUAGAACAGUCACAGACACCGAGUUCAGGAGCUGAGAGAGUUGCUCUACUUGAACUCAGAUCGUCCUUAGGGUUGAGAAGCAAGGACUGGCCUAGAAAGGCCAAUCCUUGCUUGAUAUGGAAUGGUGUGACAUGCCAGAAUGGUAGGGUCAUUGGGCUAAACAUUUCUGGGUUUCAAAGAACCCGAAUUGGCAGGCAAAACCCUCAAUUCUCAGUCAAUGCCUUGGCCAAUUUGACCCUUUUGUCAUCGUUCAAUGCUUCCAAUUUCUUGCUUCCGGGCCCGAUUCCCGACUGGUUCGGGUUUCAAAUGGCUGCUCUCCAAGUGCUUGAUCUUAGUUCUUGUUCUGUCAAUGGUGCAAUCCCUUCAAGUCUUGGAAAUUUGACCAAUUUAACUACUCUGUACUUGUCUCAUAAUAACCUCACUGGCCAAAUUCCUGUUAGUUUAGGACAAUUGCUAGGCCUUUCGGUUCUUGAUCUUUCAAGGAACUCGUUUACUUCAUCGAUUCCCAGUUCAUUUGCCUCACUCAGAAAUCUUUCAGUUCUUGAUUUGUCUGUGAAUAACUUAUCCGGGUCGAUUCCCUCUGACAUUGGGACCUUAGUGAAGCUUCAGUAUUUGAAUCUUUCCAGCAAUGGUUUAUCAUCUUCGAUACCUCGUCAGUUAGGGAACCUUAGUAGCUUGGUUGACUUGGAUCUCAGUUUCAAUAAUUUGACUGGAUCAGUGCCUGAAGAUUUGAGUGGUUUGAGGAGUUUAAAGAACAUUAUAAUUGGGAACAAUUUGCUUGGUGGGUCGUUGCCGGCUAGCUUGUUUGCUAAUCUGACGCAGUUGGAGUCCAUAGUUCUGAGACAUAGUGGUUUUACUGGUAUUCUCCCUGAUGUGUUGUGGUCAAUGUCUAAUUUGCGUUUACUUGACGUCUCUGGCAAUAAUUUCACUGGUAUGCUGCCCAAUUCUAGCUCGAAUGUCAAUGCCACUGGCGUAGUACUCAACAUUUCUCAAAAUAUGCUCUAUGGAAAUCUCACGGCUAUACUGAGAAGAUUCAGUGUCAUUGAUCUUUCUGGAAACUAUUUUGAAGGUGCUGUUCCAGACAAUGCGCUUAGUAAUGUGUCUCUUGACAGAAAUUGCCUCCAAAACGUGCCGAGUCAAAGGACUUCAGCUGAAUGCUCAUCAUUCUAUGCAGAGAGGGGUCUGUCUUUUGAUAAUUUUGGACUUCCAAAUUCCGUUCAACCUCCUCCUGCAGCAGGAAGUUCUGGGAAGAGCAAUAGAAAGACAAUUAUAUUAGCUGCAGUUUUUGGGGGACUUGGUUUAUUGCUCUUGGUGGCGGGGUUGGUAGUGUUGCUAGUAUGCACCCGCAAGAGGGGUGCUACAAAUCAAAAGGGGGUUGACGUGGGGCCAGUUUCUGCAGAGGGUGGUGCCCCAACUCCUGGAGUAGUGAUUAACUUUUCCAGUCUAGGAGAUGCAUUUACAUAUCAGCAACUGCUUCAAGCCACAGGUGAGUUUAGUGAUGCAAACCUCAUCAAAUAUGGCCACUCAGGGGAUCUUUUCCGUGGUUUAUUGGAGAAUGGGGUCCCUGUGGUUAUCAAAAGGAUUGAUUUGCGCACAACAACUAAAAGGGAAACAUACAUUUCGGAAUUGGAUUUCUUUAGUAAGGCUUCAAAUACAAGGUUGGUCCCCUUUUUGGGAUACUGCCUAGAGAAUGAGCACGAGAAGUUCCUGGUUUACAAAUAUAUGCCAAAUGGAGACUUGUCAAAUUCCUUGUUUCGGAAAACAGAUUCAGAGGAAGAUAGUUUGCAGUCAUUGGAUUGGAUAACAAGACUGAAAAUUGCAACUGGAGCUGCGGAGGGUCUAUGUUAUCUGCAUCAUGAAUGCACUCCUCCACUUGUGCACAGGGAUGUUCAAGCAAGCAGUAUACUUCUUGAUGAUAAGUUUGAAGUGAGGCUAGGGAGCUUGAGUGAGGUCUGUGCUCAAGAAGGGGAUACUCAUCAAAGCAGAUUUACUAGGUUGCUGCGGUUGCCACAGUCAUCCGAACAAGGCACUUCUGGUUCACUGACAUCAGUGUGUUCCUAUGAUGUGUACUGCUUUGGUAAAGUGUUACUUGAGCUAGUGACUGGUAGAAUUGGUAUCAGUGCCUCGAGUGACUCCCAAGUUAAGGAAUGGUUUGAAAAUACGCUACCUUACAUCAGUAUGCAUGACAAGGAACUGGUGACAAAAAUUGUGGAUCCAUCUCUAAUAAUAGAUGAGGAUCUAUUGGAGGAAGUUUGGGCCAUGGCAAUUGUUGCCUUGUCUUGCCUCAAUCCAAAGCCUUCAAGGCGACCCCUCAUGAGAUACAUCCUCAGGGCUUUGGAAAAUCCUUUAAAGGUAGUCAGGGAAGAAAAUUCUGGCUCUGCAAGGCUUAGAACCACUUCUUCUAGAGGGUCUUGGAAUGCUGGUGUGUUUGGUAGCUGGCGUCAUAGCACAUCUGAUGCUUCUGGUAUUCCAGCAGCCUCUUCAUCUAAAGCUGAAGGAGGCAGCAGUUUAAAACAGUCCGCAACUACCGGUUCACAAGGAAGUGGCCAAAAUGGGGAGCAUUCAUCCUCACGCAGACGGCAUUCCAGGGAGAUAGUCCCGGAACCAUCUGAUGUUCAAGAUAUAGUGAGAUCAAAUCAGGACUAGCACAGCACAGAGUUUGAGACUUCUUUGAUUCUUUGUCAAUAAUACAGCAGGCUUCCCAUUUGAGUGCCUGUUUCUUUGGUACCAUGCAGUGCCCGCCCUUCUUGUUUUGGAGCUAAUUGUGAUUUCAAGCUGUUUUUGUACUCAGGGUCUUUGCAUGAUAUCUAAAUUCCCCCCUGAAGGGAGACUGAUAAUGAGAUUUUCGUGAAAGUUAUCGUCUUCGGGAUGGUGAAUUCAUUUUGUGGAUUGGGUCUGGAUACAGAGAAUUUUCAGAGGGGGUUCGGAGGGUGCCACAGACGGAUAUGGUUCUUAUUUGUUUGACAGCUUGUUCAUCGUGGUAGAUACAAGCUACAAUUUUUAGCUGUAAUUGAUUUUUUUUUUUUUUUGGUUUCUGGUCCUCUUGUGGAAUGUAAAUUGUAAUUGUUGAGGAUGCUUCAUUCAAAUCAUAUUCUUAUUUUGGUUCAGGAAAAAAAAGAAAAAAGAGAGGAAAGGACCAAGCGAUUAAAAAAAAAAAAGGGAAAGAGAGAUUAUAUCCA